AUGAAGCCAAUUGGAAAAGCGCUGUGUGCCGCAGGGAUCGUAGCUGGCCUCCUAGCUUUCUUCUGGAAAGACCCUUUUAACCCAGUGAGUUUGUCUGGUGCCCGUGUUCUCCUGACUGGAGCCAGUGCUGGGAUUGGAGAGCAGAUGGCAUAUCAUUAUGCCAGAUUUGGUGCUGAAAUUGUUCUGACUGCUAGGAGGGAAGCUGUGCUGCAGAAGGUGGUGGAGAAAUGCCUGACACUUGGAGCAAAGAAAAUAUUUUAUAUCCCUGCAGAUAUGUCUUCCCCUUCAGAGCCUGAAAAGGUGGUUCAGUUUGCUGUCCAAAAGCUGGGGGGACUGGAUUACCUGGUGUUGAACCACAUUGGUGUGACCCAUUUCCAGAUGUGGGUGGGAGAUGUGGAAUACACCCGCUGGCUCAUGCAGGUGAAUUUCUUCAGUUAUGUGGCACUCGCAACAGCUGCUCUUCCCACCCUGGAGAAGAAUAAAGGUUCUCUGGUGGUUGUUUCUUCCCUCACAGGGAAGGUACCCACUCCCUUCACCACUUCUUAUUCUGCCACCAAGUUUGCACUGGAUGGAUUCUUCAGCUCACUGCGCCAUGAACUCAUCAUGCAGAAGAGAAACGUCUCUAUCACACUGUGCAUCCUGGGUCUGAUUGAUACUGAUUCGGCGUUAGAGAAUACCAGGGGCAAAGUGUACCUAACUGCUUCUCCUGCUCCUGAAGCUGCACUCGCCAUCAUCCAGGGGGGUGCCACACGGGUGCAGGAAGUUUUCUACCCAUGGUGGCUGAAGCACGUGUGCUGCCUCUGGGUUUUGUUUCCCAAUGACGGGGGCCAGGUUUUACGGAGUUACUAUAACUACAGCGGUCCUUAA